AUGACAUACUAUAUAAUUGAUAAGAAUACAAAUACACUACCACCACAUCCAACUUUACAACAACAACAACAACAACAACAACAACAACAACAACAACAACAACAACAAUCAUCAACACAAACUACAAUAACUAAUAAUGAAAUCAAUAGCGAAAAUAUUGAAAUUGAAAGUAAUUAUGAAAAUUGUUGUAAAGAAUCAUCAUGGCUUCAAGAAUUAAGUUCAUUAAUAGAACUUGACCAAAGAUAUAAAAAUUAUUAUAAUGAUAGUAAUAUGAUAAAUGAACAAUUUAAUAAUUUAAAAAUUGAUGAUUCAACAAAUACAACAACAACAGCAAAUAUAACAACAAAUACAACAACAAAUACAAAUGAUUUUGAUAAAAUUUUAAAAGAAAAGAAUGAUAAAGUUAUAAUAGCAAGUAUAUUAUCAAAAUUAUCAUAUUUUAAUGAUAAAGCAACAAUAUUAUGGUAUUUAGAAUUAAUAGUUAAAAAGAGUCAUUGUGUUGAAAAGAUAAAGAAAUUAUAUUAUUUUAAACCAUUACAUACACGUACUAAAUUAUUGAUUGCAUUUGAUGAUGAAGAGAAUAUGUAUUGUGCAUUUCAAGGUACAGUGAAUUCAUCAGAUUUAAUAUUGGAUGUUUGUUGUGGAUUUUUAGAGAAAAUCACAUUCUCUCAUCAAAAUGGACCAAAACAUUCAUUAUUUUCAGCAUGUUCACGUGUUGAAUGGGCUCAAUCCAUUGUAAAUGAAUUAUUAAUGAUGGCAAAUAGAUUUGGUAAGAAACAAUUAAUAUUUACAGGUCAUUCAAUUGGUGGUACAUUUGCAAUGAUACCAUGUUUAGAAGCAAUUAAAAUUCAAAAGCAAUCAAUUGGAAACAACAACAACAACAACAACAACAACAACAACAACAACAACAACAACAACAACAACAACAACAACAACAACAACAACAACAACAACAACAACAACAACAACAACAACACUACUAAUGUCGGUCAACCAAGUCUUGAUCAUAUUCAAUUAAAAUGUUUUACAUUUGGAUCACCAUCAUUCUUACAUAUGACAAGUAAGAAAUAUUUGGAUCAAAAUCCUCAAUGUAAUGAAAUCUUUGAGAAUUAUUUAAAUGAAUUUGAUAUAGUUCCAAUGAUGUCACAUCAUCCAUUCAUUUUCAUAGAUUUCAUGUAUAUUAUAAUGUGUAUUUCAACUUUUAUAUUCACUAUUGGUUAUCAUGUUUCAAAUGGUGGAUUAAAAUUAUAUGGAAAAACCAUCGAUCAGUUAAUAUAUAACUUGGUAUACCCAUUCAUAAUGUUAUCAAUACCAUUGUUAAUCACUAAAUUAAUGUAUGUAAUAUAUCAAUACUUCUUUUCAAUUGGGUUACAAUCGAAAUUCACUCGUGUAUACACUCAUAGUUUAAAGAAAUUUAUAUUCUUUGAAAAUUCAGAUCAAGAUGUUGAAUUCUCUUUUAAAUCAAUUAAAAAUCAUGUAAAGAAAUUAAUAAACUAUAAAAAGUUAAUACUUAUUCAUGAUCAUAAAUUGGAAUCCUAUUUAUCUCAUCUUUUCAAUCAUUAUCAAAUCGGUGGUCCUGGUGGUUCCUAUCGUGACAAUGGUACGAAUGGUAGUGAUCCUUCAAAUUUAUUAACUUGUAAUGAUAUCUUUUACCUUCAACAUUAUCAUCCUGAAACAAUUGAAACAACUCAUACCCUAAGAAUGAAGAAUAAAAUCUUAAAAAAAGGUUUACUCUUAUUAGGUUUUUGUCAUUUAUUAUGGCUUUUCUUAUCAAUUCCAAUAUUUUAUCAAUCACUUUAUUAUUUAUGUUUAAUUAAAACUCAAUCAUAA